AUGGGCUACCGCGUUGGGGGUCCUUGGGGAUCUGCUCCGCCCGAUGCGGCGCAGAAGCGGACCCAGGUUAAUCGUCCAGAUGAGAAUCGUUUCGUGACGACUUAUACCAAGACCUUCUGCGUAUCAAGGUCGCAGUCGGGCAUGGUGGUCAAUCCGCCCAAGAAAGCAUUACUGCCACAGAUCGGCAGUGACCCUCAGAUUGCUUCCUUCAAGGGCGCGCCUACCCCUGCAAACAGCAUCAACCCGAUGGCGAGUCUGACCAUGACCGGCACAAAGUCCAUGACAAAGUCGCUCUCCAACGGGUCUCUGCAGUUGGCAGGCCGUGCGCUGUCAACGCAAGCCAAGAUGACGUACCAAGACGAGUUGACGGGGACCCUCAUGUUGAAGACCUUCAAGAAUCGAGACAUGCGGCGGAAGUGUCUGGAGCUCUUGGCUCGACCUGAUCUGAGAGAUAUUGCGCAGGACCUUUUCACGCAGAGCGACGCGGAUAACAGUGGCGAGCUGGAAUUCGCAGAAAUCCAAAAGUUGUUUGAGAGGCUCCAUAAUGAGAUGGACCUGCCGCAGCCCAAUCGCGAUUUGAUUGAGUCAUUGCUCAAGCGAUUUGACACCACUGGAAGAAAAGUCUUGGGCCAGUACGAUUUCUUUGAGUUACUGGUGUCGCAGCUGCGGCGAAGCGCCUUCGACCGUGGAUCUGUGCUGGGAAGGGAGUUCUUCUUGACCAAAGGAAAGCAGGAUGUCUGGGAAGUCUUCCGCAGGGAGAAGCAGCUUGGAACCGGCUCCUUCGGCACAGCCUACAAGGCCAAGCACAUCAAGACGGGUGAGGAGCGGGUGAUCAAGGCGGUGAAGAAGAGCCGCACGGCCUUGCCGCUUGACGAGAUCGAGCAGGAGAUCCUGAUCAUGAGGCAAAUCGACCAUCCAAACAUUGUCCGCCUUUUCGAGUGGUACGAGGAUGGAAAUCGGAUUUAUUUGGUGUUGGACUACUUGAAGGGUGGUUCCCUGAAAGACAACGUCUUGAAGCUCAACAAGCAGGAUGAGCGAGGCCUGAAGGAAGCUUGGAUCCGGGAGGUUAUCCAGCAGAGUGCCGGAGGGCUGGCUUACUGCCACACCCUUCGCUUAAUCCAUAAAGACUUGAAAGACGAGAACAUCAUGCUGCUGCAGAAGUCGGCCAACUGGGAGAAGCCUCAUGUGGUGAUCAUCGACCUGGGGGUUGCAGAGAUGUUCUCUGUCGCGGACCCUGCGGGCCGAAUGAUUGGGGGCACGCCUACGACAAUGGCACCAGAGGUUUGGAUGGGAACAUUUGGCCCCAAAUGCGAUGUGUGGUCCCUGGGAUGUAUCAUGUAUGAGCUCUGCACUGGCUCGCUGCCAUUCAUGGCGAACACGCUGCAGCCCAGUGCCUGGACUCGCCUCCACAAACGUGGGCCCAAAUGGGACGACAUGAAGACUUGCGCCGACAGCAAGGUUCUGUGCAAGGCCAUGCUUCAGUAUGAUGAAGGGGAGAGACCUUCAAUGGCACAAGUCUUGCAGUUCUCGUACUUUCAGAUAGCAGCUCAUGAGCUGAAGUUUGUGCCGCCGGAGAAGUUUGCCAGCUUUUUGAACGCGCACAAAUUGCACCGAGCGAGGCAGGGGCUGCUGCUCGAAAUUGCGGCACGGUUGCCCUUCCGACGUGCCGGCGAGAUCAUCCGCAUGUUCUCUGAGGUGGAUGAAGAUAAGACCGGCACAAUCACGCUUGAUGAGCUGAUGGCGUACUUCGCGAAAGUCGGUAUCCAUGACGAGGACCUGGACAAAACCUUCGCGGCCCUUGAUGUGGACAAGGAUGGCCUUUUGUCCUUCAGCGAGUUUGCCGCCGGAGCACUGCUGCUGUACCAAGAUGCGCUGGAAGAUGAGCUUCACAUGCUCUUCGAGACGUGCGACAAGGACAACGACGGUAUUCUCAACACCCAGGAGGCGGAGACGUUUCUGGGGAGCGUGCGUGCUGCCACCGACCUGGGCGGCAAAGUGUCGUCCAGAACCGAGGCGUUCUUGCAGAGCGGGCAAAUCUCUUUCCAGCAGCUGAAGGAGUUCUUGAUGGCACCCUUGUCGUCGCGACCUUCAAGCGCGGCCUCGUCCCGCUCGUCCCGCCUUUCUAGCCGAACCUCCCAGGUUGGAGCUUCAGCACGUGCUUGA